AUGGGCGCGGCGGCGGGGCGGUGGAGGACUUGGCUGCGCCGCGGUGCGGACCCCAACAUGGUGCUCGUCGACGGCGCGGCGGCCAUACACUUGGCUGCCAGAGCCCGGUACCCUCGCGGCCUCUGCUGCCUCCGGGCCCUGCUGCGAGGAGGCGGGGACCCCAACGCUCGAUCUGCAGAGGCGCUGACUCCGCUGCAUGUGGCAGCUGCCUGGGGCUGUCUCCGUAGUCUGGAACUGUUACUCAGCCUAGGAGCGGACCCGGCGCUGCGCGAUCAGGACGGACUCCGGCCUCUGGACCUGGCGGUGCAGCAGGGGCACAUGGACUGCGCUCGUGUCCUUCGGCAAAUAGACACGCGGACCAGGUUCAGGACCUGGACAGAGGCAGAGACCCAAGAGCCUGAACCAGAGUCUGGCAGACACUCCCGACCUCCUGAUGUGACAUUGGACACAGCACUCCAGACCCAACUGGGCAGAGAUGAUGGCAGUGACAUGGGCCUGGAGGCUGGUUUGGGAUCCCCCAACCUCCCUGCUGCUCUUGAGACUACACACAAGGAUAGGAGCUCAGUUUCCCCACUAGGAAGCCAGGACUGCAGCUCAGAUGCCUCCUUCAUCACUGCUGUUGAAGUCUCUGGAGGCGAGGACCUAGCCGUGGAUACGUCCCUCUGGACUGGGUCAGUGCCCCAGAACAGGCAGAGACUCCUGACUGGUGUUAGUCCCACCCAGGGGGCACCAAAAUCUCCAGGUGCCCUGCAGCUGGCACAUGGAGCCAUAACUGCAUGCAAGGAGGAAGAACUGAAUGCCCAUCUGCAGGCCUUGACUCUGAUGUCAUCAGAUUCUGCCAGCUUCCCGUCCUCUUCCGCGUCCCUUCUUGAUGGAAGCCUAGCUCAUAGUCCCCAGCGGACACCGCCCCCUAGAUCCUGUGACCUCCAUGUCCAGACAGAUGACCAGGCAUCUCUUGAUAGUGAUGUGGCCACCCUCUGGCUGACAGAGGAUGAGGCAAGCUUCACAGGCAACAGGGACCCUGUUUGCUCUUGCUGGCAUCUGCCAGUCUCCACCGUAUCUGACCUGGAGCUGCCACAGAGAACUCGAGCUCUUCAUGAGAGUCCUGGCCCCAUCAUGCCCUUUGCCCUACGACAGCUAGAAGACUCCCAGGAAGCUCCUGGCCCAGACUUCUCAGGGCACAGCCCAGAACUGGCUGAGGCCCUGAGGACGGGGAGGAUCCCUCAUGUCCAGGCAGAUGAAGAUGCACUUACCCAGCAGUUUGAGCAGCUAGAUCCCAGCAGGAAGUGGCGAGAGGGAGUCACAAAGUCUAGUUUUACAUAUCUGCUACUAGACCCCAGGGAGACUCAGGACCUGCCUGCCCGAGCCUUCUCACUGACCCCCGUCAAGUGUCUUCAGACUUUUGUCCGUGCCAUCUUCUAUGUGGGCAAAGGGACACGGGCCCGGCCAUAUGUCCAUCUCCGGGAGGCCCUUGGCCAUCAUGGACAGUCAGGAAAACAGGUCUGCCCCAAGGUGCGCCGGAUCUUGGACAUCUGGGCCAGUGGUUGUGGUGUCAUCUCCCUGCAUUGCUUUCAGCAUGUGGUUGCUGUGGAAGCUUAUACACGGGAAGCCUGUCUUGUGGAUGCCCUAGGAAUUCAGAUGCUGACCAACCAGAAACAAGGGCACUACUAUGGAGUAGUGGCAAGCUGGCCACCCACUCGGCGUCGGCGCUUGGGGGUGCAUCUGUUGCACCGUGCCCUCCUUGUCUUCUUGGCUGAAGGCGAGCGAGAGCUACGUCCUCAAGACAUCCAGGCCCAUGGCUGAGUUCUGGGGAAUCAGUCAUCCAGCCUAGGUAGAGAUCAGGGUGUUUGAAUGUCCCGGUUUCCCAUCUCUGGUUUCAGAAGGCACAGGCAUGUGUGUAUAUGUGUGUGUGUGUGUGUGAAACACCAGGGCAGAUCUCCCCUUAGCUUGAAAGAGGACUUUAUUACAGAUGGUACUACUAGAGAGGUAGAGAGCACCCCAUCCUAAGAGUGAGCCAAGUGGGGAACCAGAACGUGCUUUGAAAUACUCCAGGGCUGGCUCGGCGCCUGUGGCUCAAGUGGCUAAGGCGCCAGCCACAUACACCUAAGGUGGUGGGUUUGAAUCCAGCCCGGU